AUGUCUCAAUCCGGAGCCACCGUUUCCCAGGAGUGCAUAACUGCCUACAAUGACUUGAAGCUCAACAAGAAGUACAAGUACAUCGUCUACAAGCUCUCCGACGACUACAAGGAGAUUGUUGUCGAGCACGCCUCCGAGGACAAGGACUGGGAAGAGUUCCGUGAGAAGCUCAUCAACGCCACCUCCAAGAGCCGAACGGGCGCUGUCGGCAAGGGUCCCCGAUACGCCGUCUACGACUUUGAGUACAGCCUGGCCUCUGGCGACGGCAUCCGAAACAAGCUCGCCUUCAUUGCCUGGUCUCCCGAUGAUGCCGGCAUCCAGCCCAAGAUGAUCUACGCCUCCUCCAAAGAGGCUCUGAAGCGAUCACUCACUGGCAUUGCGGUCGAGCUCCAGGCCAACGACACUGAUGAUAUCGAAUACGACACCAUCAUCAAGACCGUCAGCAAGGGUCUUGCUGGUUAA